CAGACGAGCCUUUUCAAGAUGGCGGCGCCCUUGGUCAAAAUUGUGGACGCGAUUAAGAAAAGUCGAUUCUUGAAAUUUGGCCUUCCAAUGCUGGUAAUUGUUGUCGGUGGAUCGUUUGGACUGAAGGAAUUUCGCACGUUGCGCUAUGAAAUCAUCGACAAAAGAAAAACUGUGGAUCCAGAGACUGAUGAGAAAAUGAAUGAAUACAAAAGGAAGGACAAGAUCACAAUUGAAGGAGAGUUCGAGAAAUUGCAAAAUGACGACAUUGACACCUGGCACAACAUCCGCGGUCCCCGCCCCUGGGAAAAUUCCAAGGAAUUCCAGUCGAUGCAACGUGAAAAUGCUGAGAAAAUGUCCAGAAGGAGAGCUGAAUCCAAAGAAUGAUAA